UACUUUGCAUCUGGUCUCUCUUCACCUACGUGUCAUUUCUGUUCCAGUGACAUGGUGUACUGUGGGGUUUAUGACAACGCCCUGGACAACGACAACUACAACCUGGCGAAAGGUUUCAAUUACCACCAAGGACCGGAGUGGCUGUGGCCCGUUGGGUAUUUCCUUCGUGCAAAAUUGUAUUUUUCCAAAUUGAUGGGGCCGGAGACCAACGCCAAGACGAUAUUUCUGGUUAAAAAUGUCCUUUCUCGGCAUUAUGUUCAUCUUGAGAGGUCCCCCUGGAAAGGGCUCCCGGAGCUGACCAACGAGAACGGCCAGCACUGCCCCUUCAGCUGCGAGACGCAAGCCUGGUCCAUCGCCACUGUUCUCGAAACGCUCUACGACUUGUAGCUGACUCGGGGGCUCGUGACGUGUGCAGUCCCUGGCAGGUGGGAGCAGGGACGCACCGGCUCAGGUCACAUGGAAAGUCUCACUCGUGCAACAUGGACGCACACUUAGGUCAAGCCUGUGGAAGCAUUGAUUUUUUUAAAUGUACAUAGGUAGCUUUUGAUUUGAGUCAGAGACAGUCAUCAUGACCAAGGGAGUGUUUUUCUUUCGAUUUCAGUAAGUGUCCUUCGAAGGCUUACGAAUAACGAGUGUGAGACCUGGAGUUUGAGAAAAGAGAAAUCAUGCCAUCUUCUGUUUGUACAUGAGUGAAAUGAAAUGAGAGGCUGGGAUCCGUCUUCUUCCGUCACAGCACAGACGGAAUAGGCUGUGGUUUGAUGAAUGGUCUUGCCAUUGACUGUAGUAUUUCUGGCACCUUCCCACUGCUUUCAACAACUGUUCAGUGAAUGAUGCGUUCUGGGAGGGUCCGCCUAUAGAAUAAUAUGUGCUCAGAAAUGGGGCACAGAGGGUCAGCCGUGCUUUUAUUUUUUCACGGACACAUUAGUAUGUGCUUUAUCAUUAAUACCAACAGUAUAUUUAGUAUCACUUACUUAUGCUAAUGAUGCAUAGGAUAUAGGGAAAAGCCACAAAGCAUUAGGUGUUUCCUAAAAGCAGUUUUAUAAAAUUCUUCAGUUUCCGUUUCUUACAAUGAGAUGGUUUACAUUUUUAAAAUGCAAAAACGGUGGGCAUACUGCUGAGAACUUUAAGGGGAAAAUGCUAUAUUAAUUUUCUAAAACGGAGUAACUAUCCUUAGUCUGUGUGUCAGUGUGUUGAGAGGUCAUAGUAGCUCCUGGUUGCCUAUGAACCCCCACCUGCCAUUGACGAGUGUAGCCUGGAGAAGAAUCUCCAUAUAAUAAAAAUAGAGAGAGAAAUCCUGUCGUUGUCUUUAAUUCAGCAGAAGCAUUUCUGCUGUGUCCUCAGCUGUCCUGCCUGGUAGGCAAGCGUCUUUCUGUGUCUGUGUGCCAAGCAAAUAAAAAUCUUCCCUCCAGGUC